AUGGCAGUUACGUCGCUCUCGCAGGAGGAAAAAGACGCUCUUAUUUACGACGCCAGAGAAGGCGACUUGGAGUACCUCAAGGAGGUUUUCGCCGAGAUCGUGCCUGGCCUGCUUCUUCCUACCAUUGUGGAUGAUAUCACAUCGAGCAGCACUAUCCAUAUGGCAGCAGGCAAUGGGCAUGUGGAGGUGGUGAAGUAUCUUUUAUCGCUUUUGCCACAGGAAGAGGCCGAAAAGUUGGCCAGCAAACAGAACGACAGUGGUAACACUGCGUUGCACUGGGCAGCAUAUAAUGGGCACUUGGAGGUGUGCCAGCUAUUGACGCAGCAGUAUAAGGUGGAUGUUUUCAUUAAGAACGGAUCUGGGCACGAUGCUAUUUAUGAGGCAGAGGCUAAUGGCAAGGAAGAGGUUGAGAAUUGGUUGUUGAAGAUGUACGCUAUUGAAGAUAACGUGAAGGUGGAGGAAAAGGGUGAAAACACCAAGGUGACAUAUACUCCAGGCACAGAGUCCAAGGAGCUCGAGGAGCAGGCCCAGGAGGCCAUGAAAAAGGCCAACGAGGAGAAGAACGUGGAGGGUUUGAAUAAGGAAACCGAGAAGUUGAGCAUAGAUAAUUAG